UGUGUUUAUUAAAAUAAAACGAAACUGUAUUUUAACGGGUACUACCUACCUAUAUUUAUAUUGAGGUUUGGCUAAACUUAAUAAACAUGGUCAUUUUUGUUUAAAUUUACGCUUAAAUUUAUGGUUAUUACUUUUAAAGAACAUUUUAUAUUCAACAUAAUAUUGGUACCUUUACUACUUUUGUAUAAAUUAUACAAUAGGUUUUGUACAAUUUAUAAUAGACAUGUUAAGUUACCUACUUUGUACUUUUGUGUUUGAGUUAUCAUUAUAAAUAUAUUUAUUGAUUUUUAGAACAAGGAAUCGACGAAGAAGCCUUCAGAGAUUUAACCGAGUUAAUGGUACGUGAACUGGUUCCACAUAUAGGAUUCCGUAGUAAGAUUUUCAAAAAGAUUGGAGAGUUAAAAUCAUUUAACAAUACAAGUUCUUCAUUUUUAAAAUUGGUGGAAACAAGUUCUGCAGAAUAUAAUGUCUUUGAUAGUGGUAAUUUGCAACAGGUUCAGAACGUUUUGAACAAUGAUGAAUUAGAAUAUACUGACCAAACAUUGGGACAAGGAAGUGAUAAAGAAGUUAUUGAAUCAUUUAUGGAAAGUUUAGACCAUGAUAAUAUUGCAGGAAGCUCAACCAAUGUUGUAUGGAAUGAUCAAAAUCAAUGUGUAACAAAAAAACUAGUAAAUUCAGUUGUAUGUGAUGAUUUCAAUUAUUUAUUUAAAUUUAAUUUAUUAUGACAUUCGUCAGUAGCAUUUUUAAAUAUGUGUGUAAACUGGGUACAAUUAAAGUAGAUGAAAAAUUAUAUUAAUUGAAGUAACAUUCAAAAAGUGACUUGUAAUAUAAUUAUUAAUUAAUAUAAAUUAAUCGUCACUUAAUUGUAUAGUGUUUCAAUAUUUCAAUUUUGAACCAUCUAUUAAAGUAUAAUUAUGUAUCUUUUUAUAUAGUCUGAAAAUUGCGUUAACCAAGUUUACACAUUACCCGUAACUCAUG